UCACCCAACAAUUAAAGCCAUUCUGUUUACUGAAAAUCUGGUGGUCCAAUGCGAAGUCUAUAUAUAUAUAUAUAUAUAUGGCUAACUACGGUCUCCCCACUCCUCUCGGAGAAAGAAUACACGGAUCGAGUAAUUUUCUAUAGUGAUUUCAAUUAAACAAGUAAUAACGAGUUGUUUCUCACAAUACAUUUACUGACAAGAGUAUUUAUCCAAGACUUCAUCCUUAGUUGUAGAGAUAGAAUAAACGUCCCCGAUAUGGCUGAAAACUACGGUAGAGAUACACCUCCGAUGUAUUCUCCAAACGAGGAAACAAAAACAGCAGGACAGCCGCUAUCUGACUUUCUACUGCAAUUAGAAGAUUAUACCCCAACGGUACCUGACGCUAUUAGUGAACAUUACUUGCAUACUGCAGGUUUCAAUACAACCGAUCCAAGAAUAGUACGAUUAGUAUCUUUGGCAGCACAAAAGUUCAUUUCCGAAAUUGCCAAUGACGCGCUACAGCAUUGUAAGACAAGAGGUGCAAAUCAGAAUACAAAAACAAAGGGCAAGGAUCGACGUUACACCUUAACAAUGGAAGAUUUAACACCUGCUGUUGCCGAGUAUGGCAUUAUAGUGAAGAAGCCUCAUUACUUUGUUUAAUCCUGCAAUUCAAUGUUCUUGAAACAGAUAUUUGUACACUCCUUGUAAUAUCUACGAUGCAAUGACCGCAGUACCCUUUUUCUUGUAUCUACAUUUACAGACCAGUGGUUUUGAAAAACCAUGGGAACUACUAUCAUUAUUGUAUCAUUUAUCUUUCAUCAAAGUUUAAUUCAUUCCUUAA